CGCGCGGCCCGACGCGGACCCCGUCGUGACGCAGCCGGCCAUGCUGGGCGUCGUCUACUCGCCGGAGUUCGAGUGCGACAUCUGGGUCCCGGAGCGUGUGCCCUACACCAACUUCCAGGACUACAUGACCUACUACCAGGCGCCGCUUCCCGUCCCGCCGGUCGUCCAAAACUACAACCCCAGGACGCCCAUCGCCGCGUGCAUCCUCUUCCCGGCCGUCGGCCUGGGUUUCCUGUUCCUCGGCUUCUCCGGCACCGCGGCCGACCUGGCCAUGCUCAUCAUCGGGACCAUCACCAUCGCAAUCGGGCCUGCCCUCUCGUUGUACCUCUAUGUCCAGAUGUCCAAGGCCAGGGCGGCCUUCCGGCGGCGUGAGGCCCACGAGCAGGAGGCCCUGGCGCAUGUUCAAGCCGGCCGCAUGCCCCCCCUGCCGCCGGUGCCGGUGUGCAAGUUCUGCACCAGAGCCUGGGUCGGCUUCAACCGGUAUACGGUGACCUGCGAGUGGUCGCGCCAGGUCGGCACCCCCCCGGUCUUGGCAUGCAUCAAUACCCUGGGCCAGCAGCACCAGGACCUGGUCAUGCACCUGCUGCGGCAGGCCCACUAGGGGGCGGGCAGCGGCCCCGGCCCGGCCCCGGGCCAGGCGCCUCGCGAUGGUACAUGCCCCCCCCCCGCCCUCCGGCGCCAUGGGAGCGUGCGCUGCCGGCCGGUGCACCGCCCCUUCCGCUUGGAGUCCUCCGCGUGCCUUCUCCGGGCCGGGCUCCUUGCUGCCCUUCCCGCGCCGUCGCCGUGCCAGCGCGAGGGCCCAAACGGCGAGGCCCUAGGUCGGUGGAAACAUCCAGCGCCCGCCCGAUCUUGCGUGCCUGGGGCCACCCAACGGCAGCGGGUCGCGUCCGCCCCAUGCCGCGCGCCCGGUGCGUCGCCGCGCCCACGGGCAUCUGUCGACCCGGGCUUCCCGGCGCCUCGGGGUCGCCCUCGAUGGGCGAGGGCCCUCGCCGGCCCCUGCUGCCGGCCGCCCCCCCCCCCGUACGACGUAUCAUGCCCGGGCGGGGGCUGGUUCUGGCUGGCCGGAGGAGCGUCUGCCUGCGUGGGUCAGUGACUGCCCUCCCCCCCGGGUCGCUUGGCCGUGCAAUGGCGUGUGGCUUCUCCCAUGCGCAGCCCCUCCAGCCCGGCGCAUCAGGCGCGCGCGGCCAGCCCCUGGUCAUGUACCCCUCCCCCCCCUCGGUCCGCGGCACGCCGCUCCCUCCCCAUGGGCCGAGGCCCUCCCCCGCCUCGUCGUGCCGCCAUGUCCCUUCCCCGCCAGGUGGAAGUGCGCGCAGGCACAAGACAACCUCCCCCCCUCUUUCCCCCGAAAAGACUCGCUUCCCGUCUCUGGUGUAUGUUCAGAUGCGCGCAUGUCUAUUUUCCGCGGCCCCGCACAGGGGGGUUUUGUGCCGCCGACGCCCGGCCCCGCCCGGCUCCGCCCGCGCGGUCCCGAAGAACGGCGGAUGGUGCCGGGGGUGGCGCGCGAGCGCGUGCCCCACCCGCAGUGGGGCUCCCCGUGCGUCGGUCUGCUCAUAUACAUGGCGCACCGCAGCGGCCGGGUCUCACAGUCUUCCCGGCCUCCUUGGCGGCUGCUCUCCCCCGCACCCGCGGGCCGACACAUAGCGGGGGGAAUUGGCGCUUCUCGGGGCCUGUGUGCACACCUCCGCCUCACAUGGCACCCCCCGCCGGAGCGCGGGCAUGGCGCCAAGGAGGAGGGCGAGAGGAAGAGCCACGGGGGCCCGGGCAGAGAGCAUGUGCCCGCGGCGCGCGCCGGGCACGCAGGCCGACAGAGCGCGCACGGUGUGUGUGCGUG